AUGGCUGUUAACGCGCUCGAUCUCACAUCGAUCACCCGCUGGCACAUGGGCCCGUCCAGCCAGCUACUCAAGCGCGCCCAGAAAGAGGUGAACAUAGGAAAUUAUCAUACCUUUAGUGGUGGUAGCCAUACUAUCGCCUACUCCACUCCCUCCACGUACUCUGUAGGCGCCAUCCCCCCAGCCGCAAAAGAAGAGGAAGAAGAAGGCCAAACAAGCUAG